AAACUCUCAUCACGCUGCAGUGCAUACUUGUUUUUAUCAGAUCUUAGUGUUGCCAACCUCUCCUGUUUGCGAUACUACGGAGUGUAGUAGAUAUUUUGACCGGCACGCAUGUAAUAAGUCAACGAGACGGGAACGUGGGAAGUGGACGGGAAUAUCCUGUGCCAUGCCCCACGGAAGGUGACCUGCACGAACGGAGAGCCGAAAGAGACCGCACACUACGAAAUAACUCCCCGACUUGUUGUUCCUCUUUCUGAAAGAGAAGAGCUCUCGGAAAGUCGAAAUUAUUGUGGAAUUUACUUAGUUUGGAUUGUGUGGAUUUUUUUUUGAAGAAACUGAUUGCAUUUUUAUACUCCUAUAAAAUACAGGCCGUCACCUUUGGACAGCGUAACAAUUUUUCUGCUUUAUAUGUUAAUUUGUCAUAAAUCAUUAAAUAAAAGAAAUAUAUAUCAUAUGAUGUAUGAUACUUACUUCGUUUCUAAAUUCUUGUCGUUGUUUUAGUACAAAAUUGAACUAAAAAGACGACAAGAAUUUAGGAACGGAGAGAGUAACAUGUAGUAAUGGUAUAACCUUUCUUUGUCAGUUUUUUAUUGUCUAUAGCAUCGCAUGGGUAUUAUGUUAGUAUGCUUUAAAAGAAAAAAAAAUCAAAGAAAAAUCCUAUAAAAGACUGCGGUGAGACGGUGACCCAUCACCUUUGAAAGGUGUACUCCUAACAGUUCAAUUAAUGGCAGUGAUCCGUCCUUUGGAUAAUGUAACUUUAUAUGGUUAUAUGGUUUGUGAUAACAUAUAAUAGUAUAAAUCGUUUUUACUUGUACUUCCUACCAAGAUGUUAUAGCUUUGUCCUAGGUUAAACACAUAGUAAGUAGAGAACCGGAGACGGAGAUUUUACGGAAUUUCCGCCUUAUUUUGAAUGGAAAACGCACCCUUUUUCUCUUUUAUGGGGUGCAGCCUAGCAGCACCCCAACUCCCGCAACCGCGUCUGCGCAGCCCGCUUGCACCGAGCAGCCCUGCCAGCCACUUCGUACCCACUGGGCCUCCAGCCCAGCCGCCCGACAGGCCUGCCGCCGCGCCCAUUUGGGCCACCUCUCUCCAUGGCCCAUUUGGCCGAGCCGCCCAGCCCAGCCCACCCGAGAGAGCAACUCGAUCGAGCAGGAUACCGAUCGGAAUCAUCCUGCCACCUCCUAUUUCCCUUUUCUUUCUUGAUGAUCCGAUCCCUACUCUGUCUCCAAAUAAUGGCCUCCUACAUAAAGCUAGCCACCGCGACGCCAAAUAGAGAGUUCUUGUUUUCUUCUUCUUCUUCCGGGUGCUAAGAACCAAAGAACUGCCGCAGGCGUGCAGUAAAACGGGAUAUUCUGGACAAGGGCACCGGCAAAUUCAGGUAUCAUCAUCAUGACACCACAGGGUUUAAGCCCCCACGGAAGGCCCAGAUCAUUCGGGAGCCGCAAUCAUCGGCAUCCUCGUCGCGCCCCAUGGCCCAAGCUGGAGCAGGCUGCAGCAACGACGAAGAAGAUGCUGUUGAAUUACUGUCGGUCAACUGGAACCAGGACUACAGCUGCUUCACUGCGGUCACCACCAAUGGCUUCAGGAUCUUCAGGUGCAAGCCGUUCCAGGAGCACUUAAGGAGGGUUGAGCAGAACGGGCUGUUUGGAAUCGUCGAGGCUCUGUUCCGGACCAACAUAUACAGUUUCAUGGGCCGGGGGUUCGACAAGAAUUACCCACAGAACAAGGUCACCAUCUGGGAUGAUAACCAGAACUUUAGACUCGCUGAGUUCUCGUACAGUUCCGACAUCCGAGCCGUCAAAAUGUCGAAGGGAUACUUCGUGGUUGUUCUGGAGGAUGAGGUGCUUGUUUACAGCUUCAUGGGUCUGUGCCUCGUCCAUCAGGCCGAGACCGCACCGAACCCGAAAGGAUUGUGCUGCCUCUCGCAGCAUACAGGCGCUCAAGUCAUGGCCUUUCCUGGGGUGAGCCAGGGGCAGGUUUGUGUGGAGUAUUAUGGGAUGAAGGCCACCAAGCUUAUCGCGGCUCAUGGCUCGAGCAUUUCAUGCAUGGCACUGACCAUUGAUGGACUUGUUUUGGCAACAGCGAGUGUCAAAGGCACUUUGAUCAGAAUCUUCACUGAUCAAUUUAAAUAACCAAGUCAUACUAAUUUUGUUGAUAUGACUCAUUCUUCACUGAUAUAUUGUACCAUAUCUUGCGUUUGCAUACAUGAGUUUUUUUUUUCUAAUCUCAUCUGUCUUUUUUCUUCUUUUUUUGUAUGGCGUGUUUAGUUUCUACAGGUGCAGCUUUGACCCAGUAAAUGGUGGGGAGAUGGUGCUGGAUGAAUUCUUCCGGUUUUUGAAAUGUAGUAGGUCCCGUUCCAGGACUCCAACCACCUAAGCUUUGUGGUGAUCAAACCGUACUCCCAGGCAUAUAGAAAGUUUCCUCAAACCCCAACGUGUAUAUAGAAUCAUAUUUUCUCCAACAGCAUUCUACAUGGCCACAUUAUUCCUGAAAUGUUUAUACAGAAAAAUAGAUAUUCAGCAUCA